CUCCCGGCUGUGCGCUCGACUCUCGGCUCAAACAAGGGCGGCAUGGCUGCGCCGUCGUCCUCGCUGAGCUGUCGCUGUCGCUCGUAUCGCUGCGAGUAAAACGCGUCUGUCCAGCGGGUCUCACCAACCAGCUCGUUGGCACUCCGUACUUCUAAGACGGCUGGCUGUCGUCUAUCCACGGCCAUUCACGCCGCGGAUACAGCCCCUCAGCAGGCGGAGCUGCGUCCGAGGUGGAUCGAGCGGAGACGCGGAAAUGAAGCUCGCCUGGCUCGUUUUCUGCAUCAUGGCCCCUCUGGGAGUCCAUGGGGGUCUUUUAGACUCUCUCCGUGAACUCAAAGCACAGAAAGCGCAACAACGAGCUCAGAAAACGAUCGGCGAUGUUGUGAAGGGCAACAACGGGCUGGGCAUCAGCCUUCUCCAAGCCUUAGGCGACCAGAAUGUGCUGCUUUCCCCAAUUAGUGUCAACAUAGUCCUUCAUAUGGUUCUCAUGGGAGCGCGGGGACGCACGGCCUACCAGAUGUCCGCUCAAAUGGGCCGUCCUUCUAGUACUCUCAUGAGCGAACUUCUCGGCAGAAUGUCAUCUCCAGGUGGUAAAAGCAGAGCCACAGCUUUGGACCACGCUUCGGCUGUGCUAAUUCAGGAAGGCGCUCCCUUUAAUGCCAGCUACUAUCGCGAGAUCAAUCGGCUGUUUGAUGCCAGCCUCGCAACAGUGCAGUUCGGCGAAGGCCGAGGAAGCGACGUCGUCAAAGAGGUCAACGAGUGGGCCAGCAGAAAAACUCGAGGACGGAUACCUCGCUUUUUGGAAGAGGCUCCCGAGGAAACCACGAAGAUGCUGGUGCUCAACGCUAUGUAUUUCAAGGGCGACUGGAAAACUCAGUUCGAUCCCGAGUUCACCGACAAGCGUGUUUUCCGCAACCAGGAUGGAACUGCCGCCAAUGUUCCCAUAAUGUUCAUCAUUGAAACCUUCGACUUCGGGCAUGACGACGGCCUGAACGCGGACGCUCUCAGGGUGCCGUACGCGGAUGACCAGUAUAGCAUGAUACUCAUGCUUCCACGAAACCGCCAGAGCCCCCUCGCGAGCAUCGUGCAAGGCCUCAGCGCGGAAAAGAUCGAUGAAAUCAUCGGUAACAUGAAGCCCGAGCAAGUUGAGCUCAGCCUUCCCAAGUUGAGCUUGCAGAAGAUGCUCAAAUUGCGCUCUCCUCUCGAGAAACUGGGGCUUAGGGUGCCUUUCACAGACGCCGCAGAUUUCAAGGGAAUAAGCGAACAGCUGGACCUGCGACUUAACGAGAUUCUCCACAAGGGCGCAUUGGACGUUGAUGAGGUGGGGACGCGUGCCGUCGCGGCGACGCAAGCGCAGUUUGUGUCCAAGUCCCUCGUGCACUUCAAACAGUUCACCGUUGAUCGUCCAUUUUUGGCGCUUAUCCGUCACGAACCCACCGGAGCGAUCCUGUUCAUUGUUCAGGUCUUAUCCAUGCAGGCGUGAUGCACACACGCUUUCACACUGGAUUUUAAAGUGACUCGCAGUCUUGUGUAUUGAAAGGUGAUCGCGGCUUCGUGUGCGUGCCUAUGCAAGUACUGGGAGUCCUUGAAAUGCGAAUGACCGAAGCGUUCCUCAUGGUGAAAACCAUAUACGCGCAAGGUUGUGUUUCACUUCAUGAUUUUGUCUCCGAAGCUUUUGCCGAUGCUGCGUGCGUUGAGUUCUCUGGAACUGUGAAACAACUUCAACAGAAAAUAGAACUGUCGCUACGUGAUAUGUAGUUUUUUUUUUCGUGAAAAGUGUCUGUGAUUGCAAAUGUAAAAACGAUAUUUUUCUUCGAUUUGUGAACGGAGUGUUUGUUUUCUUUUCAGCUUAGGAUCUAUUAAAUUUUGCUUUUAGCUCAAAUGCAACAAUCAUAAUUAAACAUAUCAUGAACAUCGUC